AUGAGUUUCUUUAGAAUACUGAACUGCGGUGUGACAAGGCUAACUGCGACCAGGAAACCUCAAACUGAGCAAAAUCAAAAUUGCAUUCAAAGACGUGCCAACUCCUCACAGGAUCCCAUUCGGGUCCCUAUAGAAAUAGUUUUCUCCGACAAGUUUAAUAAGGCCUUGGCAUUCACCCUAGAAGAACGUCAGCGAUUGUGCAUCCAUGGCUUACUCCCCGCCUGCGUUCGGACAUAUGAUGAGCAGAUGUUGGCCAUCCAGUCAAACUUUGAAUCCUUCGAUACGAAUGUGGCAAAGUAUCGCUAUUUGCGAGCCCUGCGUCAGGGUUACGAACGCUUGUACUUCCAAUUUGUAUCCAAAAACAUAACCAAGGUACUGCCCAUUAUCUACACGCCCACUGUGGGCUUAGCUUGCACGGUUUACGGAAUGUUGUACCGUGGAAUGACUGGCAUCCAUAUCACCAAGCACGAUCGAGGACAUAUGAAGCAGGUCCUGUCGAACUGGCCACAUCGGAACUCAGUGAAAGCCGUUUGUGUGACGGAUGGUGAACGCAUCUUGGGAUUGGGUGAUCUGGGAGCCAAUGGCAUGGGCAUAACCGUGGGCAAAAUGGAACUGUACACAGCCUUGGCUGGGAUACCACCUUCCACGCUAAUGCCAAUUUGCUUGGAUGUGGGCACCAAUAACAAAUCUCUCCACGAGGAUCCACUGUAUAUUGGUCUACGGGAUGAGCGAAUAAAGGGGGAUGAGUAUAUCUCCUUUGUUGAUGAGUUCAUGGAGUCAGUGGUGGAUACCUUUGGCCCUGAGACCCUCAUCCAUUUCGAGGACUUUGCCACACCCAAUGCCUUUAUGUUCCUAAACAGAUAUAAGGAUUGCUAUUGCCAUUUCAAUGAUGAUAUCCAGGGAACAGCUGCCGUAGGCUUGGCAGGAUUUCUGGGCAUCGAAAGGAUAACCAAGAAGCCGCUGGAGGAGCACGUCAUUGUCUUUGCCGGAGCAGGAAGCGCUAUCAUGGGUAUCUCUCAACUAGUUAAAACGGAACUGAUGUCCCGAGGACUCUCCGAAGCUAAUGCCGUCAAAAACCUUUAUGUUCUCGAUCAAACUGGUGUACUAACUAAGGAAAGUAAGAACAUUCCGAAAAUAUUUGCUGACUUUGCCAAGGAUAUGAAACCAAUUAAGACACUCGAGCAGUUGGUGGAGCAAGUCAAGCCUUCGAUUAUUAUGGGAGCCACUGCCUCAGCAGGACUUUUCACCGAGAAAAUCAUACGCACUAUGGCCAAGAAUCACGAGCGUCCUGGCAUCUUUGCCCUAUCCAAUCCUACUAAUAAAUCGGAGUGCACUGCCGAGCAGGCUUACAAGUUCUCAGAUGGCAAGGCUAUCUUCUCGUCUGGUUCCCCUUUUCCGCCAGUGGAGUUCAAUGGCAAAAGGCUAACACCUGGCCAGGCCAACAACUGCUUUGCCUAUCCGGGCCUGGUUUUGGGCACAAUGAUAGUCAUGGCCACCAGAAUGCCUGUAGAGAUCUUCCUUUUGGCCGCCCACGAGCUUUCAGAUUUUCCAACAGAUGAGGACUUAGCAAUGGGACGUGUCUAUCCGCAGAUAAUGCAGGCCAAUGAAGUGGUUCUUAAAAUUGGAAUAAAGGUGGCACAGUAUCUGAUAGAAAAUGGCUAUGCUAAACGCUCUUUAGACCCGGACAACCUUGAGGACUGUAUCGCAACCGAUUCCUAUAACCUGGAAUAUGGAUGUUCAAUGGCCGAGACUUGGAAGUAUCCAAAGAUGAGGCCGAAUCCAUGUCCAUCGACCAUUCAGAAAAAACCUUGUGACAAAAAGUAGGCGAAAGGCAAAUGAAAUUUGUUGUUAUUUUUAGUUUCAAUACGACAAUUUCCAAAGUA